AUGGCUGACCAGGGAUGGGCUGUGGCAGUCAGUGAGUGUGGGCCCGUCUACCGGGCCCAGGGGGCUGGCCUGCCUCACCCCAGUCAGCCCUCUGACCCACCUCCUGGCAGCAGCUGUGCACCAGAGCUCCCGAGACAGGCCCCUGAACAUUGCUCGCUACAUCGUGUGCUUCAGCCACCAGGGAGCUCUGGGGCCACAGCGAGCCGUCCCGUCAGCGAGAGCCCGGCUUCUUCACUGGGCCCCGGGGAGCCGUCCCGUCAGCGAGAGCCCGGCUUGUUCACUGGGCCCCGGGGAGCCGUCCCGUCAGCGAGAGCCCGGCUUGUUCACUGGGCCCCGGGGAGCCGUCCCGUCAGCGAGAGCCCGGCUUCUUCACUGGGCCCCAGGGCCCUGGCGAGCCGUCCCGUCAGCGAGAGCCCGGCUUGUUCUCUGGGCCCCGGGGAGCCGUCCCGUCAGCGAGAGCCCAGCUUGUUCUCUGGGGCCCUGGGCCCUGGGGAGCCGUCCCGUCAGCGAGAGCCCGGCUUGUUCUCUGGGCCCCGGGGAGCCAUCCCAUCAGCGAGAGCCCGGCUUGUUCUCUGGGGCCCUGGGCCCUGGGGAGCCGUCCCGUCAGCGAGAGCCCGGCUUGUUCUCUGGGCCCCGGGGAGCCAUCCCGUCAGCGAGAGCCCGGCUUGUUCACUGGGCCCCAGGGCCCUGGCGAGCCAUCCCGUCAGCGAGAGCCCGGCUUGUUCACUGGGCCCCGGGGAGCCAUCCCGUCAGCGAGAGCCCGGCUUGUUCUCUGGGGCCCUGGGCCCUGGGGAGCCAUCCCGUCAGCGAGAGCCCGGCUUGUUCUCUGGGCCCCGGGGAGCCAUCCCGUCAGCGAGAGCCCGGCUUGUUCACUGGGCCCCAGGGCCCUGGGGAGCCGUCCCGUCAGCGAGAGCCCGGCUUGUUCUCUGGGCCCCGGGGAGCCAUCCCGUCAGCGAGAGCCCGGCUUCUUCACUGGGCCCCGGGGCCCUGGGGAGCCGUCCCGUCAGCGAGAGCCCGGCUUGUUCUCUGGGCCCCGGGGCCCUGGCAAGCCAUCCCGUCAGCGAGAGCCCGGCUUGUUCUCUGGGCCCUGGGCCCUGGGGAGCCAUCCCGUCAGCGAGAGCCCGGCUUGUUCUCUGGGCCCUGGCGAGCCGUCCCAUCAGCGAGAGCCCGGCUUGUUCUCUGGGCCCCGGGGCCCUGGCGAGCCAUCCCGUCAGCGAGAGCCCGGCUUGUUCUCUGGGCCCCGGGGAGCCGUCCCGUCAGCGAGAGCCCGGCUUGUUCACUGGGCCCCAGGGAGCCAUCCCGUCAGCGAGAGCCCGGCUUGUUCUCUGGGGCCCUGGGCCCUGGGGAGCCAUCCCGUCAGCGAGAGCCCGGCUUGUUCUCUGGGGCCCUGGGCCCUGGGGAGCCAUCCCGUCAGCGAGAGCCCGGCUUCUUCACUGGGCCCCAGGGCCCUGGGGAGCCGUCCCGUCAGCGAGAGCCCGGCUUGUUCUCUGGGCCCCGGGGAGCCAUCCCGUCAGCGAGAGCCCGGCUUGUUCUCUAGGCCCCGGGGCCCUGGGGAGCCGUCCCGUCAGCGAGAGCCCGGCUUGUUCUCUGGGCCCCAGGGCCGUGGCAAGCCAUCCCGUCAGCGAGAGCCCGGCUUGUUCUCUGGGCCCUGGGCCCUGGGGAGCCAUCCCGUCAGCGAGAGCCCGGCUUGUUCUCUGGGCCCUGGCGAGCCGUCCCAUCAGCGAGAGCCCGGCUUGUUCUCUGGGCCCCGGGGCCCUGGCGAGCCAUCCCGUCAGCGAGAGCCCGGCUUGUUCUCUGGGGCCCUGGGCCCUGGGGAGCCAUCCCGUCAGCGAGAGCCCGGCUUGUUCUCUGGGCCCUGGGGAGCCAUCCCGUCAGCGAGAGCCCGGCUUGUUCUCUGGGCCCUGGGGACAAUCACCUCUGCAGAUGGGCCGUGAGCUGGUGUCUCCCUGUGGCAGUGUGAGGCUCUGGCCGUGGUCCCCAGAGCCCGUUAGGGGGCAGUGGAGAGAGCACCCCAGUGGGGUCCCUGGCCACAGACGGCAUGCCAGGAGGGCAGGGACCCAGACUCGUUCUCAUGGGCAAGGUGGGAGCGGGCACAGGGCUGGGCCUGGCUGGAAUGCAGGACACUGGCACUUUGUUUGGCAGGGGGUAGGCGGAAGUCAGGGCGUUUGAUCUGAAUUCU